AUGAAGCGGGCAAGGUUCGAUUCAUCCCAAGUCAGUCCGCCCAGCGAGUUGGCCGAACAUCAGCCGAAAGUCUCUCGGAAGAUUCGAGCAUGUCAAGCAUGCCAGAACCGCAAAAUCAAAUGUGAUUUGGACCCUGGGCAAGAGCAGUGUGCGCGCUGCGCCAGGCUUGGCCUGAAGUGUGUCGUGAACAAGAGCUUGCAGACGCUGUUGGACAGCGAAAAUGAAUGGAAGAAGAACAUUGAGGCGCAGAUGCAGAGCCUCCAGGCUGCCUUGUGCGAGGUCCAGAGGGCGUUGAACAUGCCGCAUCCGGUGCCAAAUCAACUGCCGGGCUUGCAGGCCAGUAACGGCUUUCGAGGCGGUGGCCACGGGCCAUCAAUGCAGCCGCCACCCCAGGCUCGUGCCGAUGGGCCAGUGCCCGUUCGACCUACCGGCAUGGCCAGGGAGAACUCUGUCGAGCCAGAAGUACAAGAGACCGACGACCAGGCCAUGGUAAAUGCGCCCAUGGCAAGCCUUUACGAGGUCACCAAACUACGCAAUGUCCGCAGUGACCCGUGGGCCAGGAUGCAUCGCCCCCAGAGUCGAUCUCGAAAGCCCGACUUUAUAUCCCAGGGAAAGUUCGACCCCCAGGAAGCAGAAAGGCUCUUUGCAAGAUUUCGGGAAACGCUGAAUGCAUAUCUAUGGGGUGGCAUAGCACUAGUUCAUGACAGCUUAGAAAGCGCCAGAGCAUCAUCCUCUCUUCUCACCGCAGCAAUCCUUGCCGUGACCGCUCUGCAUGCUCAAGAUGACGGGACGUCCUUUGAUGUUUGCUACCCGAUCUUCCUCGAACUCGUCAGCCAGGCCAUGUUUGAUCGCUACCACUCGCUUGAUGAUGUGCGAGGACUGUGCAUUGGCGCCUUUUACUUGUCAGACUUGAGCUGGAAGUUGUCAGGGCUCGCUGUAAGAAUCGCCACAGAACUCAACUUGCACCAGUUCUGUGCCAUGGCCAUAGGGGACCGUCCAGAGUACGUCGAAGAGGCUAGGUUGUGGUACCUUUUGUACGUUUGUGAUCACCACUUCAGCAUUGCCUACGGCCGUCCACCUGUGAUUAGCGAGAACUCGACGCUGUCUUGUCAUGAGGACUUUUUGCGUUUGCCCGGAAUCACAAUGUCGGAUCUUCGCCUGCAUAGCCAGGUCGGCAUGUUUAUCAUUCUUAGUCGAAUAUACCAUGUGUUCGGGCCAGACAGAUCGAGAAUGAUUGCCAACGACGAGUUUGAAAUCCUGCGACGGUUUGACGUUGACCUGGCACGAUGGAGAGAUCAAUGGAAGCCUCGACUUGCACCAAACCCCCACAUCGCCGACUAUCCAGCCAAGGGCGUCAUACUGCACUACCAUUUUGCCCGAGUACAGCUAUUCGCAAUAUGUCUUCGGGGCCUACGGCCUAGUGAGCAAUAUAGAAUGUCUAAUGAGCGCCGCGAGUUUGUGAAUCUGGCGAUAUGCAGUGCAUUUGGAGCCUUGGAACUCAUUCUCAACGACCCCGAUCUGAGGCGUGCAGUGCUGGGUGUACCUCUAUACUUACUUACGACUAUUGCGUAUGCUUGCCUUUUCCUCAUGAAGGCCCAGACGCAAUGGCGGUCCGCAAACCUCAACAUUCGCCACGAAACCGUCGCUUCCACCAUAGAAGGCAUCAUCAUGCUUUUGGAAGAAACCAGCCCUUGCGUCCGCCACGUCGCGCACUACCUCGGCCGCGGGCUCAACGGCAUGCUCCAGAAGUUCAAAGAACACAAUGCAAUGGAAAAGCAGCAGGUUCAAAGUGGACAACCCGUGCCGGUGCCAUAUGCCGAUGGUGGAGCGUGGCCCGAUUGGAACAGCUGGAUGUUUGGCACUGCAAACGUGCCAAAUCAGUUUGGAUUGGACCAGGACCAACAGUAUGGGCUUAGUUUUUUGGAUGCUCUAAGCUCACAAAUGCCGGGAUGA